CCGUACGUGCUCUACGUUCUGCAGACACGCGCAAUGAUAGCCGGAAGCACCGAUGGGAGGAAAAUAAAAAUCGAUGAAAUCCACUGUUAUUCGCGAGUGUAAACCUCUCACUUACUGUCCUUUUCGCGACCGUAGGCUCGAAUUCAUCCUCCACGCACACUGCCAGCGUGCCGGAGGGGACGGCAGGGAGCAGGAGAGCUGCUCCGUUUGAACGAAGUUGCUCGGUAGGGGUUUAGCUGACGUGUGGAGAAGUUGAGACUGCCAGAGAGCAGAUAAACAAACAUAAACAAGCAGGGAUCAGCUGAGCGCCAGCCCGAACCGAACCAGCAGCACGGAGAGAUGUCAGGGAGAACGAGUUUCCUCUUUUGCGCCCAAGAAUGAUCCACAGGAGACCGUGACUUACACUGAUACUAGCUCCAUGUCAACUGUCAACAGUGGAACACAAAGAAUUUCGGAAACACAACACGAGGACCAGCCAUAGGCUUUAGCAGAGAAUCCACUGCUCCUGUCACUGUCUCUUUGUCAAGACUUAGCCAGCCUAGCAUGGACAACCAAUGACUUUACCUUCCAGUUCUCAGCUGUAACGACACGAAUACACAUUACAGUGCGAGGAGAGAGAAGUGGGAUCAACAUGGCCCACCAGGCAACCCCUAGUUCCCAGAAGGCCCUGAUGAUGGAGCUGAAGUCUCUGCAGGAGCAGCCGGUGGAGGGCUUCCGCAUCACUCUGGUGGAGGAGUCUGACCUCUACAACUGGGAAGUGGCCAUCUUCGGGCCCCCCAACACCCUGUAUGAGGGAGGCUACUUCAAGGCUCACAUCAAGUUCCCAGUUGACUACCCGUACUCCCCGCCCACCUUCCGCUUCCUCACCAAGAUGUGGCACCCCAACAUCUACGAGAACGGAGAUGUGUGCAUCUCCAUCCUGCACCCUCCUGUGGACGACCCUCAGAGCGGGGAGCUGCCCUCUGAAAGAUGGAACCCCACCCAGAACGUCAGGACCAUCCUGCUCAGUGUGAUCUCUCUGCUCAAUGAGCCGAACACCUUCUCCCCGGCCAAUGUGGACGCAUCUGUCAUGUUUCGCAAAUGGAGGGACAGCAAAGGCAAGGACAAGGAGUAUGCAGAGAUUAUCAGGAAGCAGGUGAUGUCAACAGCAGCGGAGGCGGAGCGCGAUGGCGUCAAGGUGCCGACCACUUUGGCGGAGUACUGCGUCCAGACCAGGGUUCCCUCACAGGACAGCAGUUCAGACCUCCUCUAUGACGACCUCUACGACGACGACAUGGAGGAGGAGGACGAGGAGGAGGACGAGAGCGAGAUGGAGUCUGUAGGCGAAGCCGGGGGGAUGAGCUCAGUCGAGGACGGCGGGACGUCCACCAGGCGUUACGACAACCAGGACGACUCUGGCAACGAAGACUCGUGAUGAUCUGGAGGACAACCCCUCCCUGCCAACCCACCUCCCUCCUCCCUCCUUCUUUUGUGUGUUCCGUUACGAUUUUCUGUUUGUGUGCGUGCGUGUGUGUGUUUGCCCAUACAGUGGGGUCAAAGGUCUACUGCCAAAAACCGUUUCAUCAUUUAUUAAACUAAUACAAACCAUUGGUCAAAUGAUAGUUGUCAGAUGCUUUUACAUAGGUUUUUAGCAAAGGUUUGUUUCACUCAAAGUCAGAAUUUGGUGUUUCCACCAUUUGCCUUAAUUACAGCUUGCACUCUGUUAGGCGUCAGACGUUCUGGCAGAGUUUGAGAAUUGAAAUGAAUCCAGCACAGUGUGAGAGUGUUUGUCGUGUUAUAUUAAAGUUCACUUUUUUUUUUUUAAAUGUUCCUGAUGUGGAGGUUUAGGAUCCAUGAUCAUCAACACUGAUGUAAAGGACCAGAGGUUAGGAUCUAGUGGCAUUUAGCUGUGAGGUCGCAGAUCGCAUGAAACGAAACACCCCUCGUUUGUGAAACACACGGUGGUGCAACACGGUGGACUCUGUAGAAGAGAGCCUGCUCCCUUUGUAGAUAUAAAAGGGUCAGUCUGAGGGAACGAAAACACACCAAUUCUUAGUUUCAGGAGGUAAUGCAAAAAUGAAAACACAAUUAUGAAUAUUGUAUUCCAUUUCUGCCAGCGGAUCCCUCUAAAUGCCCCUAAAGUCUCCACAUCAGGCCUUUAAAUUCAGUGGUAUUACUCCAUGGGUCAGCGUGUGAGAAAUCAUGUGCAAGUUACUGACUCCAGAGGAGGCAAAACAUCCCCACAAAUAAAUAUUUCCCCAUUGUGGUUAACUCUA